AUCUCCAUUCGGAACAUUCCCACAAGAAUCUGCUUAUAGGAGUUUUGCCAUCCCUAUUUUCGUGGCCGUUUGCAAUUUUUUCUUGGAAUUUAAUUACAAACCAAAUUCCUAGCCAAGCCAAACAAUCCCGUGAAAAUUCUUAUCCACAGAGACAACACCACAAGGCUUAAGCUUCGCGCUCAGCAGAGUCACUACUCACUCAUAGGGUCAGCUUAUUUGGGCAUGGCAACGUCAAUCUCUCCGACUCCCACACUACCCUCUGUCCGCUCCUCUAUUUUCCCACAAAACCCUCCCAAACCCCUCCUUUCCCUUCCAGAGUUCUUUCGUGGAGGCUCCAAUUCCAGCUGCGUGAAACGCUCAUGGGCCUCUUCUUCAAGCUAUGUCACUCUCAAGCUUUCCAAUGCCUUUAGAGUCUCUGCAAGACCCUUACUUUCCAAAGGGGCCUUGUUGAACAGGAGAAUGGGAAUCGUGAGGGCUGCAACUAUUGAAGAAAUUGAAGCUGAAAAAGCUGCCAUUGAGAAAGAUGUCAAAAUCAGGAUGGAAAGAAGUAUUGAAAGUGUUCGGGCAAAUUUCAAUUCCAUAAGGACAGGGAGAGCAAACCCAGCAAUGCUUGAUAAAAUUGAGGUGGAAUACUAUGGAAGUCCAGUUAGCUUGAAGAGCAUUGCUCAAAUUAGCACCCCUGAUGCCUGUUCUCUUCUGGUACAGCCAUAUGACAAAUCAAGCUUGAAGGCUAUUGAGAAAGCCAUAGUUAGCUCUGAUGUUGGUAUGACUCCAAAUAAUGAUGGUGAAGUGAUAAGGUUGACUCUCCCACAAUUGACAUCUGAAAGGAGGAAGGAACUAUCAAAGGUAGUGGCUAAACAAGCUGAAGAAGGGAAGGUAGCUUUGAGGAAUAUAAGAAGAGAUGCAUUGAAAGCUUAUGAAAAACUUGAGAAGGAGAAAAAGCUUUCUGAAGAUAACGUGAAGGAUUUGUCAAGUGAUUUGCAGAAGUUGACAGAUGAGUAUAUGAAAAAGGUUGAUACCAUCUUCAAACAAAAAGAGAAGGAAUUGCUGACAGUUUGAUGCUUCAGUAUACAAAAUAUAUUGGGAUCUCUAGAAGUGUGGCAUAAGGUGAUAAGGAUGGGUCAUAUGCUCAUAUUGAUGUGGUAAUAAACUUCGGUACAAAACUUUUAAUUAUUUUGUUCUGAUCAUCUAAGAAUUUCUCAUUGUAAAUUGUUUACGUUUUUUGGUGUGUGGCAUAAAGAUGGGUCGUAUGCUCAUUGAUGUUGCACAUGGUCGACUCUCCAAAAGACAUGAGUUGUGUAGGUUUCGUUGAAAUCCUGUGAUUCAUGCAAAUUAUCAUACUUUUCUCUCCGAAUUGCGUAAACAAGAAACAGCAGUGCAAAUGUAAAUUUUAUGGGAUGUGAGACAUGUUUUGUGUUGCUCUACUCGAUUUUCAUUUC